CAUCUCGUUAUAAAAGGGAAGUCAGUAGAUAUGAUGGUUUGUGUACAUUUUGCCGCCAUGUUUUUACAUCAAUGAUGGAAUUAAUUGUUCUUGUUGUAGUCUUUGUGCCUUGUCUCUGUACAGAUCCACCAACAAGAAGCGUCGUUUUGUCGCCAUCUGGAACAUACACCAAUCUUACCGGUACAACAGUGACACUCGAUUGUCAAGUAGAGGGAGGUAACCCCCUGGCUACACUCUCGUUGGAAUGCAAGGGGACACCAAUGACCGGGCAGAAUGGGACCAACGCCGAUAUAGCUUGGUCUAGACUGGAAUUAACAAUCGACGAAUCCUACCACCGACGGCAGUGUGUGUGUACCGCCAAACACCAGGCCAGUCCUAAUGGAGUGUACGGUACAGAGUCUGUGGAGUUUAAUGUGAUUUAUUCACCACCUGGAAGCGUCGUUUUGUCGCCAUCUGGAACAUACACCAGUAUUACCGGUAAAACAGUGACACUCGAUUGUCACGUAGCGGGAGGUAACCCCCUGGCUACACUAUCGUGGGAAUGUAAGGGGACACCACUAGCAGGGAAGAAUGUGACCAAUGUCGGCCUUACCAGGUCUAGACUGGAACUAACAAUCGACGAAUCCUACCACCGACAACAGUGUGUGUGUACCGCCAAACACCAGGCCAGUCCUAAUGGAGUGUACGGUACAGAGUCUGUGGAGUUUAAUGUGAUUUAUCCACCAACAAGAAGUGUCGUGUUGUCGCCAUCAGGAACAUACACCAAUAUAACCGGUACAAUAGUGACAUUCUAUUGUCAAGUAGAGGGAGGUAACCCCCUGGCUACACUAUCGUGGGAAUGUAAGGGUACACCAAUGACCUGGCAGAAUGGGACCAAUGCCGGCAUUGCUAGGUCAAGACUGGAAUUAACAAUCGACAAAUCCUACCACCGACGGCAGUGUGUGUGUACUGCCACACACCAGGGUAGGGUGUUCGAUGAAAGGGCUGUGCAGUUUGAUGUGAUUUAUCCACCAUCUGGAAGCGUCAUCUUGUCGCCAUCUGGAACAUACACCAAUCAUAUCGGUACAACAGUGACACUCGAUUGUCACGUAGCGGGAGGUAACCCCCUGGCUACACUAUCGUGGGAAUGUAAGGGGACACCACUAGCAGGGAAGAAUGUGACCAAUGUCGGCCUUACCAGGUCUAGACUGGAACUAAAAAUCGACGAAUCCUACAACCGACAACAGUGUGUAUGUACCGCUAAACACCAGGCCAGUCAUAAUGGAGUGUACGGUACAGAGUCUGUGGAGUUUAAUGUGAUUUAUCCACCAACAAAAAGUGUCGUGUUGUCGCCAUCUGGAACAUACACCAAUAUUACCGGUACAACAGUGACACUCAAUUGUCAAGUAGAGGGAGGUAACCCCCUGGCUACACUAUCGUGGGAAUGUAAGGGGACACCAAAGACCGGGCAGAAUGGGACCAAUGCCGGCAUUGCUAGGUCAAGACUGGAAUUAACAAUCGACGAAUCCUACCACCGACGGCAGUGUGUGUGUACUGCCACACACCAGGGUAGGGUGUUCGAUGAAAGGGCUGUGCAGUUUGAUUUCCACCAUCUGGAAGCUUCAUCUUGUCGCCAUCUGGAACAUACACCAAUCAUAUCGGUACAACAGUGA